AAGCAACCUUUGCUAUAUGUAGAACCCCUAGUUUUUUUUCCUAUCUUUCUUUUUUCUAUCUGCUAUAACUAACUACACGGUCUCUGAAAGCACUUGGAAAAUCACAAACACAAAUUCAAUCAUUGAAUCAUAACACAUACAGAAGAAAUAAAAGUGUGAGUCUCUCAAGGAGAGAUUAGUAGAACCAAAAUUCUGUUAUCCUAGAAAGUCAAUACAGAAAGAUGACUUGGUGCAAUGAGUCUGAUGUUAAUGAUCACAUAAAGCUCAAUGAAGAAUUUCAAACCAUAAAAUGCCCCUCAUGUGACCAUGAUAUUGAAGUGAAAAAUCAGGGUGGAAUUCAAGAUUUGCCUGGUUUACCAGCUGGAGUGAAAUUUGAUCCAAAUGACAUAGAAAUAUUAGAGCAUUUAGAGGCAAAAGUGAUGUCUGAUGUGUGCAAAAUUCAUCCACUUAUUGAUGAGUUCAUACCAACACUUCAAGGAGAAAAUGGAAUUUGUUAUACACACCCAGAAAAACUACCAGGAGUUGGUAAAGAUGGGCAAAUCAGACAUUUUUUUCAUAGGCCUUCUAAAGCAUACACAACAGGAACAAGGAAAAGAAGAAAGGUUCACACUGAUGAAGAAGGAGGUGAAACAAGAUGGCACAAAACAGGAAAAACUAGGGCAGUAUUUGUUAAUGGUAUUGUCAAGGGUUUUAAGAAGAUACUAGUUCUCUACACAAACUAUAGCAGGCAAGGAAAACCAGAGAAGACUAAUUGGGUGAUGCAUCAAUACCAUAUUGGUAGUAAUGAAGAAGAAAGAGAUGGAGAAUUAGUUGCUUCAAAGGUGUUCUACCAAACACAACCAAGACAAAGUGGUAACUCCAUUAACGUAAGAGAUUCAUAUGACAAAAUAAUUAACAAAGGAAGUGGCCAUAGUAAUAGUACAACACCUAAGAAUUUAGGUCUUGUGGAAUCCUACAAUGCUCCUUAUACAAAUUAUGAGCAUGUCAAUGUUGGUCAUAAUAGGGAAAGCUCGCCGCAAUUUACUCCAAACAUUGUUAUCCAACGUGAUCGUGGAUCUAUUAUUCGCUUGGCAAUGGAUGCAAACAAAGUAUGAGUAGAGAAGAGAAAGUAAAACUUGAGAAGAGAUUCUAGGUAGAGACAGCUGUGAUUUUAUUAUUAUUUUUAUGUUGGUGAUUCUAUUAAUAAUCAAAUAACAACACUUAUAUAAAAAAGUAAUUGGCUUUUAUAUAGUGAUUUAUCUGAAAUUUAGAGACCAAGCUAGCUAUUUCUGGUACACACAAUUAUUGACUAUUCAUUAUUCAUUACACUUGACAAUUCAUUGGUGUA